AUGGCGCACCAAAACCGUCUCGCAAACACCCACGUCCUCGUCUUUGGCGGCACUUCGGGGAUCGGAUAUGCCAUUGCCAACAUGGCCCUCUCAUCCGGCGCGCUUGUAACCAUAUCCGGGUCUGGCCAAACGAAGGUCGAUACCAAAGUCGAGAUGCUGCGAUCUCUGUACCCGAACUCCCCAGCCUCUAACGUAGUAGGCUUCGCUGUCGACCUUCUCGACAAGGAGAACCUGGAAUCCAACCUGAAGGCUAUGCUUGACAAGACGACCGAGGGUGGCAAAAAGAAGAUCGAUCAUAUCGCAUUCACAGCAGGCGAUGCGCUCCGACCGCCCAAAGUCGCGGAAAUGGACGUCAAUACGGUGAUGGACGGCUUCACAGUCCGCUUUCUCGCUCCUUGUGCGCUGGCCAAACUCAUCGCUACUGGUGGAUACAUGCCCAAGUCUUCCAGCAGCUCUAUUACGCUCACAGGAGGCACAAACACGCACCGUCCAAUGCCCAACUGGACCCUAGGCGCAGCAAUCGGUGGCUCGAUUGAGGGUUUGACCCGCGGUCUUGCGGUAGAUCUAGCUCCUAUCCGAACGAAUGUCGUCAAUCCUGGCGCAAUACAUACGGAAUUGUUUCAAAGUCUGUUGGAUAAUUCCUCUCCUGAGGCUAUCGAGAAGAUGAAGAGGGGGUUCAGUCUGCUGGGAGAAUUUGGACGACCAGAAGACAUCGCAGAGGCGUAUGCCUGGAUUAUGAAGGAUAGAUUCGCAAACGGGACGCAGAUUAACAGUGACGGCGGACGGCUACUGGUUGGUACUGAGUGA